AUGGCCGAACUGAUCGCCCGCACGGCCAAAGAGGCGUUCGACGCUUCGCAGCUCUUGCCCGCCUCCGAGCGACACAAUGCUCUGCUCGCACUCGAAGCGGCGUUGAAGGAACACAAGGCAGAGAUUCUGGAAGCGAACAGGUUGGACGUCGAGGUGAGUGACUCGGCUGUACAAUUUGGGGAGGCCAAGCGGGCCCGGAGAAGCGCCAAAGCCUGAUGACCGAUCAACCCCCCCCCCCCCCCACCCGUUAUUCCCGUCUCCGUGCGAUCUCUCGCAUACAACAGCUCGCACGAAAGCAAGUCGAAGCAGGCAAAAUGUCCUCAACCCUACUUAAACGACUCGACCUCGAAUCCUCGUCGGACAAAUACGACUCGAUGCUCCAAGGCGUGCUCGACGUCGAUCGACUGGACGACCCGGCGGGCAAGGUCACCUACGCCAAGAAACUCGAUGACGGACUCGAGUUGCAGAGGAUCACGUGCCCUAUUGGUGUGCUUUUGGUCAUUUUUGAAGCGAGGCCGGAAGUGAUUGUGAACAUCGCCGCUUUGGCGAUCAAGUCCGGUUAGUUGUCCGUGCAGAGUCGAGUCUCGGCGCAGAUACCGACUCUUAGCCUGUCCGCAUUCACUCGCUCUCUCUAGGCAACGCCGCAAUCCUCAAAGGAGGUCGGGAAUCGUCCAACACACAAAAGAUCAUGUCCAUCAUCAUUCAACAAGCAAUCGCCACCACUUCAAUCCCAUCGACCUACAUCCAGACCGUAUCGACUCGCGACGAAAUCGCCUCCCUUUUGGCGCAAGACCGAUACAUCGAUCUCGUCAUCCCGAGAGGGAGCAAUGCGCUCGUCAAGAAUAUCCGGGAGACAUCCAAAAUAGCCGUCAUGGGGCAUGCGGAUGGAUUGUGCGCUGUCUACGUCGACGAGUUUGCGGAUGAGGCAAAAGCUGUCAAGGUCGUGCUUGAUUCAAAGGUGGGUCUUUGACGUCACAUUGAGUGCCAGGGCGACCGCUGAGACAGUGAAGAAAUACCUACAGUUAACGUACACGGCGGCUUGCAAUUCCGCUGAAACUCUCAUCAUUCACUCGUCCCUCCUUGCAACGAUUUGGCCCAAACUCGCGGCCGCCCUUCUCGCACGGCCCAUCGUUCUCCGAUGUGACCCGCGGUCUUUGGAAGCCCUGUCAUCCUCCUCCUUAGCAACUUGUGCCACUCUUCCUUCAGGCGAAACCCAACUCGUCCCUUCGACAGAAAAAGAUUACUCGACCGAAUUCCUCGAACUCAUUCUCGCCGUCAAGACCGUCGAUUCCCUCUCCGAAGCGAUCACGCACAUCAACCGCCAUUCCUCCCACCACACCGACGUGAUCGUCACCGAAUCCUCUCCCAACUCGUCCGUUUUCUGUCGAGGGAUCGAUUCGGCCGGAGUCUUCGUCAAUGCUUCGACCAGGUUCGCAGAUGGGUUCAGGUAUGGGUUCGGGACGGAGGUGGGUGUGGCGACGGGGAAGACGCAUGCUCGUGGACCUGUUGGGUUGGAAGGGUUGAUCAUUUACAAGUAUGUGAUUAGGAGUAGUGUUGUGGGAGGGAGUGGCACGGCGGAGUAUGGGACGGGCCCGGGGUUGAAGACUUAUUUGCAUACUGACUCGGAUAUGUCGACAACGCUUUAUUAG